AUGUCUCCAGCAACGGUGAUGCCAGAAGUAAGUAGAAAAGUUGAUUAUGAUUCAUUGGAAAUCCAAUACCUGAAAGGAGUGAAACAUCUGUUUGAGAAUGGAAUUGAGCAUGUUCCUAAGAAGUACAUAUUACCAGCUUCAGAUCGUCCCAACGUUGUCAAUGAAAGAUCACAUGGCGCUGAUAAUCUCGAGCUUCCAAUCAUUGAUUUUGCCGAAUUGCAGGGUCCUAAUCGGUCUCAAGUCCUUAAUUCUCUUGCCUCUGCCUGUGAAAAUUAUGGAUUUUUCCAGCUGGUGAAUCAUGGUAUACCGUACGAGAUUACAAGCGACAUGGUAGAUGUUAGUAAAAGGUUUUUUGAGCUUCCAUUUUCACAAAGAGAGAAAUACAUGUCAGCAGAUAUGGGGUCGCCAGUUCGAUAUGGAACAAGCUAUAAUCAGACAAACGAUAGUGUCUUUUGUUGGAGGGACUUUCUCAAAUUGGUUUGUCACCCUCUACCAGAUGCCCUUCCCCAUUGGCCUUCUUCUCCAUUGGAUUUUAGGAAAUUGGCUGUUAGUUAUGCUAAAGACGUCAAGUUCUUGUUCCUAACGCUGGUGGAUGCCAUCCUAGAGAGCCUUGGGCUAGUGAACAAGAAGAAUACGACGGAAGAAAAAGACGAGGAUGACGAUGAGGAUGAGAAUGAGAAUGAAGAAGAAGAGAUAUUAAAAGAAUUUGAAGAUGGAAGCCAGCUAAUGGUAUUGAAUUGUUACCCUCCUUGUCCACAACCUGAUUUGACACUGGGAAUGCCACCUCAUUCUGAUUAUGGAUUCCUCACUCUUCUCCUCCAAGAUGAAGUCAAGGGAUUGCAAAUACAGCAUAAGGAGAAUUGGAUUACAGUGGAACCCAUUCCUGGAUCCUUUGUUGUCAAUGUUGGAGAUCAUCUUGAGAUAUUCAGCAAUGGGAGGUUUAAGAGCGUAUUGCAUCGAGUACUUGUGAAUUCGAUGAAUUACAGGAUUUCAGUGGCUUCUCUGCAUAGUCUUCCUUUCGAAAGCACAAUGCGACCAUGUCCCAAACUCGUUAGUGAAACAAAUCCAAGGCGUUACAUGGACACGAAUUUUGCAAGUUUCAUAGAGUACUUAAACUCUCGUGAUUCAACAAAAAAGAAUUUCCUCCACUCGAGAAAACUGACUUCAUGA